UUAUCGUUUUUAUUAUAAAACUCAAGUCUGGCAUGUAAAGGUGAAUGAAUUCACAACAUAAGAGACAUUUCCUCAAGGUCUCUUUUUAGUCAUUUGUAUCUGUUGGUUGACUACAGUGGUGGAAUGUAACCACUGCGAGUACAUCAAGUACUGGACAAUUUUGAGGUACUUGAGUAUCUCCCUUGUCUGCUACUUUACACUUCUCAGAGUGGCAUUGGCCUGGUGCUGUGUGAGCGUCUCCUCUCUCAGGACACGGAGGGCCUCCAGCUGUGUCUGGCCUGCAGGAACAUGCAGCGGGCUCAGGCCGCCCGAUCGGCCCUCCUCGUCUCUCACCCCGGCGCCCAGGUGGACCUGCUGCAGGUGGACACCAGCAGCAUCUCCUCCGUCAUCGCCUCUGCACAGGAGGUCAAACUCAGGUACAACCGUCUAGACUACCUCUACCUGAACGCAGGCAUCAUGCCAAACCCACAGUUUGAUGUAAAAGCCUUUUUCAAGUGCCUCUUCUCCAGUCGCAUCGUCGCCAUGUUUGCCACCGGUGAGGGGAUUCUCACGCAGAAGGACUGCGUCACCCCCGAUGACCUCCAAGAAGUUUUCGCGACCAACCUCUUCGGUCACUUCCUACUUAUCAGGGAGCUGGAACCGGUCCUGUGCCACGCGGGCCAGACGUCGCAGCUGAUCUGGACGUCCUCCAGCAACGCUCACCGCUCAGCUUUCAACCUCGAAGACAUGCAGCACCGGGGAGGCACCCAACCUUACAGCUCCUCCAAAUACGCCUCCGACCUGCUCAGCCUGGCGCUCAACACACACUACAACAAACAGGGUUUGUACUCGUCCGUCACUUGUCCUGGUUUUGUGAUGACCAAUCUGACCUACGGGAUCCUGCCCUCCUUCCCAGCCGUCCUCUGGACUCUGCUUAUGCCUGUCUUUUGGCUUAUAAGAAUGUUCACCAAUACUUUCACCCUGACCCCUUAUAACGGAGCUGAAGCCCUGCUCUGGCUAUUUAAGCAAAAGCCUGAAUCACUGGACCCUCAAGCCAAGUACCACAGCCUAACAUCUGGUCUAGGAAACAGCUACACACGUCCACGAAAGAUGGAUAUCGAUGUGGAAACAUCGGAUGCUUUGUAUGAGAAAUUGCUGCAACUGGAACGUGACGUGAGAAAGAAACUGAAGGAAAGACAGAAAGAAUCACAGUAUUCCUGCAGGACGUGAUGCGUGUCACACAGUUCUGGGGUUUGAGAGUAUUUCAUUCCUGUCUGGCAUACAUUUGUUUCAGACCUCACAAAACAUGGCAGCAUGAAUUCACAGCACAAAUAAACAAGUUACAGUGACUAUAUGCAUAUAAGCAUGAUGUAAAAUGUCUGUUAUAGGACAAAACAACUAGAGUUGUGUAUGUUGUUAGAGUUUGGGUAAAUAAAAGUGAGUAUCAUCCUCUUCUUUUUAGUCCAUCACUCCGUGAAGAAUGAUAUUACAUGAGGGGAGCCACACAGAUAUGCACACAUGGAUGUGAAGGCUAGGUCACCAACUUUUCAGGACUUUGUUCGAUUUGGUUGCUAAUCCCCCGAUCCUCGCGGUAAAACGUAGUGCAGUCUGCCAGCAGACUGUCCGUGUCGUCCCAAAAGUUUACAUACGUGGUCUGCGUGAGCCCCUCAGCUGCGGUGUACGGCGGCGCCGGCAGAUGCGCAACGUUGCAAGCGCACCUGAAAUUCCGCUCUGGCGGGUUCGGGGCCGCGCGAACCCAGUAGCCGUCUCCGCGUCCCGCUGUUGUCUUCCCUGUUCCGCACUCCUCCUCUUCCUCCUCCUCUCCGCUCAGCUUCGGGUUGCAGAAAGCCCACACCAUCCCGCAGAAGUAGACGAAAAACGAGCCCAUGACCAUGGCCAUGAGCGCGUAGGACUCUAUCAUGGCUUUGGCGACUGGAGAUGUCAUCUCUCCGAUCACAUGCAGGAAUUAGAAUCAGUCGAGUUGCCAAAGUGCGUUCAGGAGGGACUGACGGUCCGACUGGCGUCAUCCAGUGGGUUGGACCACUUCAACAUCUUCCAGUUUAGUAACGUGAGAUAUAGAGACAAAUAGAAAAGAUGUGGCUGCUUUUGUUGCCACCUCUCUUUAAACUAAAAUUAUACUAAAAUGAGCAUUAUGACAGCAAAAGUCAAACUGUAGGAGCAAUAAACUCAGGUUUAUGUUAUUAACAAAAAUAACAUUGAACAAAAACUAUAAUUAUACAUAUACAUAUAAGGAAAGCUUAAUUUGUCUAUGUUUAAGGAUAUACAGUAUAUGUGUAUAUAAACAUACACUUUACUCCAUUUACUCGAAGUCUCUUUCUGCUCAUAUUGUCAGUCUGGUUGAACCGUUGUGCAGCGUUUUGUUCUCCAUAUAAAAAAACAAGCCGUUAAAAUAACAUCUAUUGUUUGGCUUUUGUAUGGUCUUUGUAACAGACCUUAAAGGUACAGUGUUUAGCAUUUAGGGGGAUCUAUUGGCAGAAAUUGAAUGGUAUAUUAAUAAGUAUGUCUAUC